UACGUCGCCCACUCGCGCAGGCGCAGACGGUGCGGCCGUUAUGGCUGCGUGAGGGGAGCGCGGUGGGGUUGGCGGUGUUUCCGUUGUCCUUGAGGGAAAUUGCGUGUCUUUGCGGUUUUCCCGCUCCGCAGCAGAUCAUGACACCAGAACAGAGUCCAACCACUUCCCUCAUCGACAGGACCAUCAAGAUGAGAAAAGAGACAGAAGCCCGGAAGGUGGUCUUGGCCUGGGGCCUCCUUAACGUGUCAUUUGCAGGCAUGAUAUAUACUGAAAUGACUGGAAAACUCAUAAGCACGUAUUACAACAUAACAUACUGGCCACUCUGGUAUAUCGAACUUGCAUUCGCGUCUCUGUUCAGCCUGAAUGCUUUGUUUGAUUUCUGGAGGUACUUCAAAUACACGGUGGCACCAACAAGUUUGGUUAUGAGUCCUGGACAGCAGACCCUGCUGGGGCUGCAGAAUACAGCGGUACAAACAACUCCACCACGUGAACUGACAGCAAAGAAAGUCCCUUCUUCAACACCUUCUCCUCCGAUCCAGGGUCAAAGUGUGCUGAGUUACAGCCCAUCUCGCUCUCCUAGUGCCAGUCCAAAGUUUACCACCAGUUGUAUCCCAGGGUACAGCCCUCAGCUGCAGGCUCUGUCCAACAGCAGUGCUUCUUACAGCAGUACGAUCACCUAUUCACCAGGCAGCACCUACAAUAAGAUUUCCAACUUCAGCCCCUCUCCUGGUGGAUCUCCGUACCCCACAAGCAUUGGACCAGUGGAAAGCGGUGGGCUGAGAUCUCGUUACCGCUCCUCGCCCAUUCUCUAUAAUUCUCCUACUGGCAAAGAAGAUUACAUGACAGACCUGAAGUCAUUGGACACCUUCCUUCGAAGUGAAGAAGAGAAGCAGCAUCGAGUUCAGUUGGGAAGUUCAGAUUCCAGCUCUCCUUCCAGCAGCCCAACCUUUUGGAACUACAGCCGUUCCAUGGGAGACUAUGCCCAGAUUCUGAGGAAGUUCCAGUAUCAGCUGGCUUGCAGGUCCCAGGCUCCAUCAGCACACAAAGAUGAAGCUGAUCUGAGCUCAAAGCAGGCUGCAGAGGAGGUUUGGGCACGAGUGAUGAUGAAUCGGCAGCUGCUUGAUCACAUGGACUCCUGGACUGCAAAGUUCAGAAAUUGGAUUAAUGAAACUAUUCUGGUGCCACUUGUCCAAGAGAUUGAAUCUGUGAGCACUCAGCUGAGAAGAAUGGGGUGUCCAGAACUGCAGAUUGGAGAAGCCAGCAUCAGCAGUCUGAAGCAAGCAGCACUCGUGAAAGCUCCACUCAUUCCAACCCUGAAUGCUAUAGUGCAAUAUUUGGAUCUUACACCAAACCAGGAAUACUUGGUCGAAAGGAUCAAAGAGCUUUCUCAGGGAGGAUGCAUGAGUUCCUUCCGAUGGAACCGAGGAGGAGAUUUCAAAGGCCGUAAGUGGGACACUGACCUGCCCACGGACUCUUCUAUCAUCAUGCAUGUGUUCUGCACUUACCUGGACUCCAGACUCCCACCUCACCCCAAGUAUCCUGAUGGCAAAACCUUCACUUCCCAGCACUUCAUUCAAACACCCGACAAACCAGACACUUCGAAUGAAAAUGUGUUUUGCAUCUACCAAAGCAGCAUCAACCCACCCCACUACGAGCUGAUCUACCAGCGCCACGUCUACAAUCUGCCCAAGGGUAGAAACAACAUGUUCCACACCUUGCUCAUGUUUCUGUAUAUCAUAAAGACAAAGGAAUCUGGGAUGCUGGGACGUGUAAACCUUGGCUUGUCGGGAGUGAACGUCCUGUGGAUUUUUGGAGAAUAAACCUCAUGGGAUUGCUUCAAAAAGAUGAUGAGCUGGCUUCUGGCAAGACAAAGUGAGCAGUGUCAUUGCCUUGUUGACUUGAACACAGACUCUGUGAAACACAAUACCUUAAGCUCUGCUCUGUGAGCAGAGAAGUGUUUAUAAUUCCUACAGGUUUCACCAUCACAUUUUUUAAAACAUUUUGUUGUUGAAACACUCCAGGAUCUGAAUUCUGGGCAGAUUUUCUCUUUCCAUCUCUUCACCUCAGCAAACCCUGCUUAAAAAAGCCCUUUCCUGUUGGUGUACCCUCCAGUGCCAUCACUACUUUGAAGAUGAACUGUGCCAGAUGGAAAGAGAAAACUGAUUUCAGUAUGUAAGA